AAUCUUUGCAAUGUAUUUUCAUGGAGUUUCAUAGAUUGUUUUAUUAUGAUCAUGAGUAUUGCUUUGGCUUAUAGAUUUAAGCAGAUUCACUACCAUCUGAAAUUCGGCAUACACAAGAAGUAUGAUUCAAUAAUAUUUUGGCAAAAAAUUCGUGAUGACUAUUCGCAAGUAGCUACACUGUGUCAAAAAGUUAAUAAAAAAAUUGGCAAUAUGAUUGUUAUUUCUUUUGGAGCUAACAUGUAUUUCAUUGUUACUCAGUUGUACAAAGGAUUAGUGACAAGAAGAACUAUUGUAGAUCAGUGCUAUUUCAUGUACUCAUUCGGAUUACUACUAUCAAGAACAAUCUUUGUUAUUUACUAUGGAUCUAUGGUUGAAUUAGAGUCUAAAAAGCCCCUAAGCUAUUUGGUUUCUCUAAGAAAUGAAGCCUUUAAUUUAGAGUCACAAAGAUUUAUUUUGCAAGUCUAUACUCAAAAUACUUCAUUAUCUGGAGGCGAGUAUUUUGUUGUUACGAGGGGUCUUUUGUUUCAGAUGGCCGCUGUAAUUAUUACGUAUGAACUAUUCAUGGUGCAAGCUGGUAUUCACAUUUAUUUAUAAAGUGUUCACUUUUAAGGAAAUACAUAUGAAAACCUAUGUAAAUGUAAUACAGUUAUCUUGUACUUA